AGAGGCCUCUGUCUCUUCACUUGAAUGCCUCUCAUGAUGGCUAAGCGGGAAAGCGGCAGCACCAGCCCGGUGGUGCGUCAAAUAGACAAGCAGUUCUUGGUGUGCAGCAUCUGUCUGGAGCACUACCACAAUCCCAAAGUCCUGCCCUGCCUGCACACCUUCUGCGAGAGAUGCCUCCAGAACUACAUACCCCCUCAGUCCCUGACCCUCUCCUGCCCGGUGUGCAGACAGACCUCCAUCCUGCCUGAAAAGGGUGUUGCAGCACUGCAGAACAAUUUCUUCAUAACAAAUCUGAUGGAGGUGUUGCAGAGGGAGCAGGACUGCACCCGUCCCGAGGCCUCUAGUGGGCUGGAGUCAGCCGGUGCUGCUACAUAUGCCCCGCCCCUCUCCUGCCCCAACCAUGAGGGCAAGGUGAUGGAGUUUUACUGCGAGUCUUGUGAAACGGCCAUGUGUUUGGAAUGCACAGAAGGAGAGCACAGAGAACAUGUGACUGUCCCACUGCGGGAUGUUCUGGAGCAGCACAAAGCUGCAUUGAAGAACCAGCUGGAUGCUAUUCGCAACAGGCUUCCUCAGCUGACUGCAGCUAUAGAGCUGGUAAAUGAGAUCUCCAAGCAGCUAACAGACAGGAAGAAUGAGGCAGUGACGGAGAUCAGCAAUACGUUCGAGGAACUGGAGAAAGCACUGCAUCAGCGCAAGACUACUCUCAUCACUGACCUGGAGAACAUCUGCAGCACCAAGCAGAAGGUGCUGCAGGCCCAACUCACUGCACUACUUCAAGGGAAGGAAAACAUCCAGAGCAGUUGUAGCUUCACGGAGCAGGCGCUAAACCACGGCAGCCCCACAGAGGUGCUCCUGGUGCAGAAGCAGAUGGGAGAGCGGAUGGGCGUUCUGGCCCGCCACGCCUUCCCUGAGCAGCCCCAUGAGAACGGCCACCUGGACUGUCAGGUGGAGACAGAGGGGCUGCGCCGCUCCAUCCAGAACCUGGGAGUCCUGCUCACCACCAGCGCCGUGGGGCACACCAGUGUGGCUACUGGAGAGGGUCUCAGACAUGCUGUUGUUGGACAAAAUGCCACUGUUACAGUGACCACUAAGGACAAAGACGGUGAGCUAGUAAAGACUGGAAAUGCCGCACUGAGGGCACAGAUCAGCGGCCCAAAUGGAACCGUCACCGAAACGGACAUAACAGACAACAAGAAUGGCACUUACGAGAUCGGCUACACUCUCCGCUCAGAGGGCGAGUUCUCCUUCUCUGUCCUGCUCUACGGGCAGCCAGUGAGGGGCAGCCCCUUCCGCCUGCGGGCCGUCAAACCCUGCGACGCCCCGCAGUCACCCGAUGACGUGAAGAGACGCGUCAAGUCACCCGGAGGAGGUGGAGGGGGUGGAGGACAUGUGCGCCAGAAGGCGGUGCGCAGACCCUCAAGCAUGUACAGUACAACGAAGAAGAAGGAGAAUCCCAUUGAGGAUGAACUCAUCUACAGAGGGGGGACGAGGGGUCGAGAGCGGGGGGAGUUCUCAAACCUGCAGGGCAUCUCUACCACCAGCAACGGGCGGAUCGUGCUCGCUGACAGCAACAACCAGUGCAUACAGGUGUUUUCCAGUGAUGGUCAAUUCAAACUGAAGUUCGGGGUCAGAGGUCGCUCCCCUGGCCAGCUCCAGCGCCCUACUGGCAUUGCAGUGGACAUGAAUGGUGACAUUAUUGUAGCCGACUAUGACAACAGGUGGCUCAGCAUCUUCUCUCCAGACGGCAAGUUUAAGAAUAAAAUCGGUGCAGGUCGGCUGAUGGGUCCUAAAGGAGUGGCCGUGGACAAGAAUGGUCAUAUUAUCACGGCAGACAACAAGGCCUGCUGUGUCUUCAUUUUCCAAUCCAACGGCAAGCUGGUGACCAAAUUUGGUGCCAAAGGAACAUCAGAGAGGCAAUUUGCAGACAAAAGUACUCCAAAUACACCGACAGAGCCAAAACAGAGUAAAUCUGGCCCUGCCUUCAGUCCUCAUUUUGUGGCCAUAAACAACAAGAAUGAAAUUGUUGUGACAGACUUCCACAAUCAUUCUGUUAAGGUUUACAAUGCUGAUGGCGAGUUCCUGUUUAAAUUUGGCUCGCAUGGUGAAGGGAACGGCCAGUUCAAUGCACCCACCGGUGUGGCUGUAGAUGGCAAUGGGAAUAUUAUUGUUGCAGACUGGGGUAACAGUAGGAUACAGGUGUUUGACAAUUCUGGCUCUUUUCUGUCGUACAUCAACACGACGGCAGAUCCUUUGUACGGUCCGCAGGGUCUGGCUCUCACGUCAGAUGGCCAUGUGGCCGUGGCGGACUCUGGAAACCACUGCUUCAAAGUCUACCGAUACCUGCAGUAAACACUCACCGCGAUGGAAGAGUUC